AUGCCUCUGCCGCCACUCCCCGACUACGAAUCGUCCUAUGAGGAAUUCACUGUGGAUCCAAACCAUGAGUCCGAAACUCAUGGAUAUGGACGCCCUUACGCGACGCCUAUGUCGAUGAUUAAUCAGGAUGGUUCCAUUCUAUAUGAAACUGAAGACUUUGGACUACUAUAUCAGAUCGUUUGCUCGAACGAUGCAAAGACCCUUGAGCAGUAUCUCGCCGCUGCACCUUGGGUCAUCCCAGAGGCAUCUGCUGUUUUGAUAGGGAAGCAUGGCAUUGAUGACAAUGAGGAUUGCUUUCUGAAUGCAGCCCAGAGUGGAUGUCUCGAUGUGCUCAAAAUGCUUCUAACCCACUUUAUGCAAGACGAGGAUCUCGAGGCGCAGGCCAGAUUCAAGCAGCGCCGCUACAAGCUGCUAAACCGCGCCGCCAAAUGGGGUCAUAUCGAGGUGGUGAAGUACUUACUCGACAAUCAACCACUGUACGCCGACAUCCAUGCACGGGGCUCCUAUGGCCACACUGCAUUACUAUGUGCUGCAGAUCUCUACUGUACUCAGUUUCUCGUUCCUCCCGGUGGAGAUAGAGCUAAUGCCACCAAAAACGAAGCAGUGAUGAAUUUGCUGCUGGAUCGGGGUGCAUGCGCUUCUGAUUUUCUUCCCUUCUGGAAUGACAAGGGGAAGCCAAGCGCUACAGUCUUGAGUUUGGCUGUGCAGUGGGCAAGCCCAGAGUUAAUUAAGAGGCUUAUCGCUGGUGGCGCCGAUCCCAAUACCAUGGUAAUGCAAGGUCCUGGGGAGCUGAACUUUUGGAAUCAGCAUGAUUCGUUUAACGAAGUACCUGCGCUGUUUAAUGCCUGUACUCACGCCAACUUCAAAGUCGUUGAAACUCUGAUUGAUUGCAGAGGCACAGCCGUUGCUGUUGCCGACAUAUUGUCCUCUCGCGACGGUCGAGGAAGUAUUCCUCUCCACUGGGCCACUCAAAGUGAACUGCCAGUGGAGAUCGAUGGCUUCCCUGAUCUCAAGGAAAUAGCCCAAAGCAUCACAAGCACCAUCGAACUACUCCUCAGUCUCGAUCCCACGGCAAUCAACGUUCAGGACAAUGACGGGAAUACACCUUUGCACUACGCUACCCGGUCAUUGAGCCGACAUAACAAGCUGUACACAGCUGUCUUCGAGCUUUUAUGCUACAGAAGGGGCGAUGCUAGUGUACGCAAUAACAAUGGCGAAACCCCUAUGCAUACCUUGUUUCGUCUCCAUGGAGACGACACUACAAUCACCGACCAAGAUCCCGUCGAGACAGCCGCUAUAUCAAUCAUGCUCGCCCACGGUGCAAGCCCCACGGAUACUGAUAAUGCUGGAAACACGCCAUUGCAUCUUGCGGCCUUCAACCUCCAUUGGACCGAAGCCUUAUCGUAUCUCCUUGAGCGUGGUGCUGAUCCUGCUCAAGAGAAUCUGGAAAAAGAGACUGCAUCUCACAGAGCUGCUUGCGGUAGUUACAAAGGGCGUGAUAUUCUUACUAGAUCCGAGGAGAGAAUCAGAGCUCAGGAAGAUAUGCUGGCAGUCCUGGUGAAAGCUGGAAGAGAAGGGUUGAUGGAUCGGGGAGAUGCGGAGGGGAAAACUCCGCGACAGAUUUGCAAGACCACGAGAGAUGGGUGGGUAACGAAGGAUAUACGUUGA